AUGUCUGAACCAGGCAAAGUAAAUAUCAAGAAAACUCCAUCCUUCAGGAGAUUUCAGGCUGACAAGACUGGCUUGAAGUUCCCAACAUAUCAAAUCUAUAGAUAUUUAAAGACUGGAUACUAUGCUAAAAGAAUCAGUACUGAAGCCCCCAUCUAUCUGGCUGCUGUGAUGGAAUAUUUGACAACAGAGUUACUGGAGCUAUCUGGAAAUGUUGCCCAGAGGAGCAAAAAAGCCCAGAUCAACCCUCUACAUAUCCAGCAAGCCCUUGAAGAAGACGAUGAACUUCGUGAUUUCUUGAAUACUGCAAUGAUCCCUAAUGGUGCUGCUGUGCUGCCCUACAUUCACCCUAAUCUCUUUUCCUGGAAGUCUUAA